GGGCAGGGGCUUCGCUUCCCCACUGCGCAUGUGCACACCACUCGCACGCGUUGCCUAACGACCGGCCGUUCCCAUUUGUCCCUCAGCGGCCCCCGUUGGCGUUGCGGGAAGGCGCGGACGCCGUGUGCGUGCCGCUACGCGGUGGCCUCUGUUGUUCAGCAAUGGCGGAAUAUACCUGCGUGAAAUCCACCAAGCUCGUUCUCAAGGGGGCGAAGAAGAAAAGUAAGAAAAAGCACAGAGAUCAGAAAAGAAAAAGAGAAGAAAAUGCAGAAGAUCAGCUUGAUAUUGUUGGAAGCUGGUGGGCAGUAAAAAAUUUUGGUGAAAUCACAGGAACUGUAGCAAUAGAACUGGACAAGGGAGCCUAUAUCCACGCUCUUGACAAUGGCCUUUUUACACUUGGAGCACCACAUAAAGAGGAUGAUGGCCCUAGUCCUCCUGAGCAGUUUACAGCAGUAAAGUUGUCUGAUACCAGAAUUGCACUGAAGUCUGGCUAUGGCAAAUACCUUGGCAUAAAUUCAGAUGGUCUUGUUAUUGGACGAUCAGAUGCAAUAGGAUCGAGAGAGCAAUGGGAACCUGUCUUCCAAGAUGGGAAAAUGGCUUUAUUAGCAGCAAAUAGCUGUUUUAUCACCUGUAAUGAAGAGGGAGAUAUAGAAGCCAAAAGUAAAACUGCAGGGGAAGAAGAAAUGAUAAAGAUCCGUACUUGUGCUGAAAGAGAAGCUAAGCAGAAAGAUGACAUUCCAGAAGAAGACAAAGGAAAUGUUAAACAAUGUGAAAUCAAUUAUGUAAAGAAGUUCCAAAGUUUCCAAGAUCGUAAACUCAAAAUAAGCCAAGAAGACAGUAAAGCUCUCAAAAAAGCUAGAAAAGAAGGCACUUUCCAUGAGACGUUGCUGGACAGGCGAGCAAAAUUGAAAGCUGAUAGAUACUGCAAGUGACCAAAACAAUUGGCUUGUUUGCUUGCUUUUAUAUCCUUUGGUUGUCCAACUGAACAUACUAUCUGAAUAAGACAUUUUGCAAAUGUGACUUUAUUUAUGCAAAGACUUUUUUGUUCCUACUUCUCAUUAGAGUUAGUAUCUAGUGUCACUCUACAUAAGAAUUUGUCAUUAUUCUGAUGGAAUGCCAUUUAGUUUAUUAUAAAACUUUACACAGUAUUGAAAUUUGGUAUGCAGAAUUUUAUCCAAAAGCAAAUAGCUUUAGCAAAUUGAAUUGUUGAAGGUUGAGAGAAGCAACUCAGUAAUCUGAAGGUCAUGAUUAAUAAUCACGAAGAGAAGAGCUGCAUACAAAACCAAACUACAAAGUUGCCCUGACAAAUUGUACUUUCAUUGGAUAAAUAAAUUUUAUCAAACUAAUGUCUCUCUGAACAUAUGGGACUGAAGUCUCAGCUUGACUUCAGUGGAGCAAUGCUGCCUGAUACCAACUGAGGAUCUAGAAUGGUUUUUAACAUUUAUAGAGAACAGUGGGUCUGUAAACAUUAAGCGAAUGUUUGCAUAAACUAUGUAGUUGAAAAACAGUAUGGGGGAAUGAAGAAAAGGCUGUCAGAAAUGUAGAACUUGAGGUUCUUCAUGAGAAAAGGAGACCCUUUAAUUACCCAUAUGUUGCUGAUGGUUUUUAUGUUCUUUCAAAUUUUGCUAACUUAAAGCUGUUGGAUGGACUUGUUUCUAUCUUUUAAAGUAAAAAUGUUAAAGAAUGUUUAAAAUGCAGAUACUGUGCAUUCCUAAUAACUAUUACAUAGAAUGCUGUUUGCUAUUUAUGCUUGUUACCAAAAUUUUAUUUUAAUAAAAACCGUUUAUAGGAACUA